AUGAAGAUCACUAAAGGCCUCAAGUGGAAUCAGCAAGACGGCCUCAUGACAGCCUUCCACCAUUUCGAACCAGGCCUACAGCGAGACUUGGACCCACCAAAUGCAGGCCUUACACACUUCAUCAAGCAGGUGCAAUUACGUCAGGGGGCCUGGUAUCAAGUCUAUUCAACAUUCGGCAAACCUCGCCCACCAGAUCCAUACUCAAACAGACCUCAUCAAGUCCACCAAUCAAGGCCUCAGCAGUCCUAUCAGCAGCAGCCACCGAGACCUCCAUAUCGCCAAUCACAGCCGCAACUGCAGCCGCAGCCAACACGUCCGCAGGUCUACUGGGGUGAAGAAGAGGAGGACUACAUGUAUGAUGCACCGGCCGACAGCUACCAUGUGGCCCCUACAUACCAUCCCGCAGGGCAUACACCACGUCGCCAUGGCAACACCCAUGACGAGGGUGGAAACGAGGCUAUGGUCCAUUGGGCCGCUACAGGGGAGGAUCACCGAUGCAGUCAUGAAGGCUGUACCCACUAUCAUUAA